CCAGAAUAUAAUAAAGAAUUCAAUGAACCUGAAGAAGUGCUUAAUCUCUCCACUAAUCAUUGGAUUGAAAGAAAAGGAAAAUUAUAUAAUAGAUUGUUAUGUGAAGGAUAUAAAUAUGCCAGAGAUCUUACGCAUUAUUUAGAAGAUAUUCCACCAAUCGAUUUAGAUGAAUACGGUACAAUCUACCCCCUAGCUGACUUUUAUUAUCCUGCUCUGAUACCACCCCUUUCUAUUUUAGCCCAAAGAGGAGACAUAUGUAGAAGAUGUCCGAUUACUAUAUCAUCUAUUGUCGAAGGAGAAAUGAGUCUUUUCACUAUAGAAAGAAAUAGAAAAACGUCUUUAGAUAACUUGAUCAAGAUGAAUUACUCCAGCUUAUCUGCAUUAUUAAAAAUGUGUUGGGAUA